AUGGACAGCAAGAUCUUGAUGAAACUCCACCAGCGUGAACAGCGCCGCAUCCACGCCGUCAUUGUAGAGCCAAACGCCCCGAUGAUGGAGCGUUACAAAGCACUGGUAGUCAAAGAGUCCGAGAUGAUGAGAGGCAUCGACUUCGAGUGGAGACAAGAAACUUUGGAAGGGUUUCAAAAGAGUCAGAACGGGGUGGAGGAUAAAUUUCAUUUCAUCGUAUCCGUCAGCUCAAUCUACUACAUCGAUGACAAAGAAAGGUAUAUUCAGUAUAUGUACGACAUACUGGAGGAUGAUGGCGUUCUGAUGAUCACAAUCAUGUCAGGAGAUACACCCCCUAGCUGUUGGACGGCCUGGCUGGAUCUUAAGUAUGUCGAAAGUAGCCAGAGACAGGAACCUCUCCUUAAUUCUUGUGACCUCGCGAGACUUUUUGAAAACCUGAGUAUUCCAGUGAGUGAGAUAGUGCACUUGAAGUACUCAGUGAACGUCACACCAUGCUUUGCUAGUCCCCUCGAUAAUCUGUCAGAGGAAGCGAACAGGGUACUAGACUUCCUGACACACGUGGACGGUUUCACCCAAAACACACCCGUGGAGUAUCAAGAAAGUUUUCUAGAAAUAUUAGGGAGUGAAGAUCAAACCGAGAGAGAUGCAUCCGGGCAAUUUCUACUCGGUCAAGAUCACGUGGUGUUCAUCAUACGCGGCACUGGUUCAACUUAAGGAAUGGGCGUAUUUAAAAUUGUGCAACAAAAUAUGCACUCAAAAUAAUUUCUGUAUGUUUUAUUGUUUUGUUUAUUUAUUGUUUUUUAGCAGUUUCAAUUUAUUGUUGGUCUGUGGAUAUGGGGAGAUGGUAGCUGCUCGCCAACUUUAGAUAUAAAGGCGGGAAAACAGUGCAAAAAAACAGCAAUAUAGCAAUGAAUGUUUAGACUAAUGUGAACUUAAUAUUACCUCAAACUUUAUCAGAUUAGGUUUGAAUAAAAAGGAACUGAAGAGUAUCAUCAAGGAAGGAAAGCUAAAGAUUGUAAAGACUCUGACUCAGAAUUUGUUUUUAAAGGCUAUGGGGGGAUGAGACUCAUGAGUGGGUAUUCCAUGAGACGUCAGUUGAAUAUGCUAAUAAGUUGGAUGAAUUUUAUAACAUAAUUGAUCAGUAUGAUUUCCAUGUUGGUUGAAGUUAACAGCCUUCAUGUUUUACAUAAAAUGGUCCAGAUCCUUAUGAGCUAAGUGUUUACGAACAAGACGUGUGCAGUCAGUUAAAAAAAAUGAAAACGUCUAUAAAAGGGUUAUGUCACACUUACAAAAUUACAGGCAACCCCCGACCCCGUUCAAGGCAAUCACGAAUAAGACAAUUUGUUCUCGUUUCAGUUUUCUCAUUAUUUAAUUAUAUAUAUUUUUUCUGGGGGGGGGUAAGAAUUACCAGCUAGAAUGUUUCUUGUGUUGCCUAGUUUUAUAGGUGUUCCUUGUGUUUGCAGUGGUUGCACUUUUGCCUCCGAGUUGCCUGUAAAAAGUUGCUCAGUGUGCCAUGGCCUUAAGGCUGCAGUUGGACCAGUAGAGGUCUCACAAUCAUGUACUCGAAUCGGCUUUUUAGAAAGUAGCAUUUAACUUAUAUUUUGGUAUACCCGGGUAUAUUCUACAGCUUUGGAAGUGCUCACGUAUUAUUCUCAUCCUCAAGAAAUGUUUUAUAAAAUGCAUAAUGAUCUCAGGCCACAUCAAUGA